AGAAUUAUUGCACGUAAUGCAAAGUGUAUGAUCACUGCACCGUUUCCUCCUCUCACCCACUCGUAUCACACUAUUAUUAUUACCCACAAACAGCAGACAUGCCGAGCGCUUCCAGCCGGUGGUGCCUCAUUGAGAGCGACCCCGCCGUUUUCACGGAGAUGAUCCAGAAGGUAGGCGUGAAAGGCGUCUCGGUGGAGGAUCUGCUGAUGCUGGAUGCCGCCUUGAUGCAGCAGUACGAGCACGUCUACGGCCUCGUGUUGCUCUUCAGGUGGCAGUCCGCCGAGCAGGCCGCUCCGCUCGGCACUGUUGUGAAAGACGCACCGGUGUUCUUUGCGAAGCAGGUAAUUGAGGACGCCUGCGCCACGCUGGCCAUCGUGAACACGUUGUGCAACUACGCGGAGCAGGUCGACCUUGGCCCGAAGAUGCAGCAGUACCUCACCUUCUCCCAGGCGAUGGACCCGGAGAUGCGGGGAUCGCUGCUGGACGGCUUCGACGAGCUACGCGAGGCCCACAACUCCUUCGCGCCGCAGGCCGCGUUUGAGCUGGAGGGCAAGGCGCCGAAGGACGCCGACGUUUACCACUUCGUCUCCUUCAUUUAUCGGCAAGGGCACAUCUGGGAGCUGGAUGGGCUGCAGGACGGGCCGCUGCAGUGCCGCGAGGCGACGGACGCGAACUACCGCGAGGCCCUUGUGGAGGUGGUGCAGCACCGCAUUGACGACAUCGCGGCAAAGGACACGAAAGGGGCCGGGCAGGGCAUCUCCUUCUCUCUCAUGGCCAUCGUUGAUGAUCCGGUGGAGGUGCUAGAGAGGAAAGUUGCGGCCCUGAAAGCCGAGGAGAAGCCCACUGCCUCGCUGGAGGAGGAGCUGGCGGACCUGCAGGCUCAGCGCAAAAAGGACAAGGAGGCGAAUGCACGUCGUCGGCACGACUACAACGCAAUGAUUGUAGCGCUGUUAAAGACCCUGGCAGAGCGCGGAGUGUUGGAGAAGAUUAUGGAGGAGGUGCAGGCGAAGGCGGCGACGAAAUAA